AUGUCGGGAUCCUCAGAAGGGUUCAAAGCCGGAGCAGAUGCGACCGCCUAUGAUGAGAUCUUGCCUGUUCGUACAGGCCAAGAGGUUCGACAUGCUUCAUCGAAAAUGCCCUGGUGGAAUCCCCGAUACUGGAGAAAGAGUAUCUGGGCUGGCGUCAUCCUAAGCUUCACUGUUGUGGUGAUCAUCAUCAUUGCUGUUUCGGUCAUGAAAGUGAAAGAGAAUAGAUAUCCCGAUUACUCGCCGCUGUCAUAUAGCUUGGCAGAUACAUAUGGAGGAGAGAACUUCUUUGAUCAGUUCAACUACUUUACAGGAUACGACCCCACCCAAGGCUUUGUUCAUUACGUCCCACGAGAGCAGGCGCAGUCUCUUAACUUGACAUCUGCUACCACUGACUCUGCCUUUCUCAGAGUCGACACUUCUGUUGGUCCCAACGAUCAGCCAAAUGCAUCAACCGGUCGUUUCUCUGUUCGAGUCGAGUCCAAAAAGACAUACGACAGCGGCCUCUUCAUCUUCGACAUCAAACACACUCCUUACGGCUGUGGUACCUGGCCUGCUCUCUGGCUUACAGACGCUUCCAACUGGCCCGAGAACGGAGAAAUCGAUGUCAUGGAAGCAACCAACAAGGCAGACACUGGAAACCAGAUGACGUUGCACACUACUAAGGGUUGCUCCAUGGACGUGAAACGCAAGAACACUGGUGAGGUUGUGAGGACGGAUUGCAACCAUGAAAAGAACGACAAUGAUGGAUGCGGUGUCAAGUCAGACGAUGAUGGAUUCGGUACCGGCUUCAACAAGAACGGAGGUGGUGUUAUGGCCGUGGAGUGGCGAAAGGAAGGUAUUCGCAUGUGGCAGUUUGCCAGAAAGUCCAUUCCAUCAGACAUCAAAUCCAACAAGCCAGCUCCUAGUACCUGGGGCACUGCGGUAGCCGACUUCCCCAACACGGACUGUAACAUCGGUUCUCACUUCAAAAACCAGAGUAUCAUUGCCAACAUCGACCUGUGUGGCUCUCUGGUGUAUCAUGUUUGGGAUAGCUCGGGAUGCGCUGGCAACUGCACGGAUCUCGUUGCCAAUAAUCCUGAAGCAUUCAAGAAUGCCUACUGGGAGUUUGGUUCUUUCCAAGUGUACCAAGCAAAGUAA